AUGGAUAAUCAUCAUCAUAGAACCCUAGAAAUCAAUGUUAGAUCAGCCAAACACCUCAACGAUGUUAAUUACAUUUCCAAAAUGGACGUUUACGCAGUUGUCUUCAUCUCCGGCGAUUCCAAAUCCUCGGAAAAGUUCAAAACUACUAUAGAUAGAGCCGGCGGGACCAAUCCAUCUUGGAAUUUCCCGAUUCAAUUCUCAAUCGAUGAAUCUGCAGCCAGACAGAACCGAUUAACCCUUGUUAUCAUUCUCCGAUGCGAUCGCUCCCUCGGCGACAAGAAGAUCGGAGAAAUACGAGUUCCGAUCAAGGAUUUACUCGCCCCCGCCCCUGCCGGCGGCGGCGUAAACAAACCCCAAUUCGUCACUUAUCAGGUAAGAAAACCAUCGGGAAGUCCCCGCGGCGGCGAGCUUCAUUUCUCGUACAAAUGGGCUGACAAACGCAUUGCGGCGACGGUUGAGGAGCCGGUGACGGCGUAUCCCGUUGCUUGUUCCGGUUCCGGCGUAUAUUGUCAUGUAAUUCCGACGGUUGACCCGUAUCCUGCGGCGGGUAGCUUGUACCCGAAGGUUGAACCGUAUGUAUAUAUACCGUCACCGGUUUUACAGGGUUAUGGACCUUAUGGUUAUCCGGUUCGACCGGGUUACGGGUACUAUUCACCCGUACAGGAACCGGCAAAUAAUAGAUUUGGGUUCUUUUGAUCGGCGAUAUGGGUUAUCUGAUUUAUAUAUUACUGCAUUGUGAACCUUUUUAUUGUCUAAACGGCACGAAAUUGGCAUUCAUGUAAAAUUUCUUUAUUAAUAAAUUAUUACAUGAAAAUUGUUAUUAAAUA